AUGUCUACGCGCAAGAGGAAGCAAGAAGCCGAAGAGGAGGAGGAGCUGCAAGCUCUUCCCAGUGACGAGAGCGAAGAGGAGGAGGAGUACCAAUCCUCCGACGCCGAAGGAGACGACUACGACGAGAGUGAAGAAGGCUCGGAAGAGGAAGAGGAAUACGACGAAGGCGAAGGCGAAGAAGAGAACAAGGAAGAAGCCCCCGCUCCCAAAAAGCGCAAGACCGCCCACGACAACAAAGCCAAAGACCAAGACGACGACGGUGAAGGCGAGGAUGAAGGCGAAGACGGCGCAGGCGAAGAUUACGACGAAGAAGACGAUGAUGGCACAAACGACACUGCCGACAAGUCCGGCCCUGCUCAGGCUGCCAAGAAGCAGAAGGGUGGCGAUGUGCCAAAGGAAGAUGAUUUGUCUGAGGUUGAGGCUGAGGAUUGA